CCUUUUCGCUGGGCCACGCCUUCUCGGCGCGCGCGACGAGCGGGAGCCGGGGGCGGUGAGGUGGCCCUGGUGCCUUGAGGCGAUGGCCGAGGACCGAGAUGUUCGAUUUGUCACCGAGGAGAGUUUCGACUUUGGUGUGCUAUCCCCAUCUGACAGCCAGGAGGAAGAGGAGGAUGAGGAUAGGCCAGGCGGGGGGUGCUGGCACGGGCACAGCAACGGGCGCUGGAGUCCCCUGCACGGCGCCCAUCUGGAAGAGAUGGUGCGGGAAGCCACGCGCCUGGCGGCACAGUUGGAGGGAUGUCACCUGCCCCCUCCCGCCCCCGGAGACCCCCCGGGACCCGCCACCACAUGCCCUGGCACGCCCCGCAGCCCCCGCCGGCAGACCUUCGUGGUGAAGGACAGCCCCGUGCGGGCGCUCCUGCCCACUGUGGAUUCGCAGGGACCUGCCUCCAUCCCCCACCUCCCAACCAAGCCCCGGGGGGCAUCUGCUGCCACCAGUGUCCCCAAGGCACCCCCCAGCCGUAAUUCCACAGCAGCAGCGAAGGGACCCUCUGGGGGCAGGGCGCUGCCCCCCACCCGCGCUGGUCUGCCCCGGCCAUGCCCUCCCCAGGGGCAGGGGGCUGGUGCCCGGGGCAGGUCAGAGCCCCCCCGGGGGGGGACAGCAGGCCAGCCUAAGGUGAGGGGGAGCACAGUCCCCUGCCCCUCCUCCACCCGCCAGCUCCACGCCAGGACCACCACCACUCCUGUCCCCUCUGGCUGUUCCCCGGCACCCCCUGCCCUCCCCAAGGUGUCCCCUCGGACUCCAGCAGUGGGUGGGAGGACCCCCACCUCCAGAGGUGCAGCACGAGCAGCCCCCCCAUCUGCUGCCUCGGGGUGCAAACCAGGACCCCCCCCCGCCCGUCUGCGGCCCACCCGUAAGACGGCGGUGAGCAGCACCCCGAGGUGACACCCCCAAACCACCCCACACCCACCCAGAGGCCCUGGUGGCACCCGGACCCCCCGUAGGUACCAGCUGAGGUACCUAGUCUGGGGCGGGCAGAGCCAAGGCCACCGCAGGGAUGAGCUGAGGCAUGCACUGGGUUUUGGAAGGAGGCAGGCAGCGCCAGGGGCCCCCGGGAGCAGCCAAGGCACCCGUUGAGUUGUCAGGUUGCAGACCAGAGCUGGAACCCCCAGGGAUGAGCUGAGGUUGGGGUGGCAGAGCCAGGGGUCUCCCCAGGGAUGAACUGAGGCACUCAUUGGGUUUUGCUUUAAUUACAAACAGUCCCGUCAGUAGUAGGAAACCUCCCAU